CUAAUGCAACUCAAAACACGUGUGGAGUGCGGUCGUUUAUUAUUCCGCGUAAAGAAUUUUUAUUUCAAAAGGAAGGAGAACAUAACGCAUUAAAAUGAGUACCGCAUUGGCCCAACAGUUGAAGAAACUGGCGGCGCCGCAGACGUCCGUCUCCUUGGCGGACGCGCGGAGCCGGGCCUCGAUUCUGUUCGACCCAAAGGAGGCCGCCACCAAAGACCGACAGGCCAUCUACGAAAUUGGAGUGGUGGGACUGCAGGAGCUGACCGAGCUGAACCCGGCCUUCAAGGAAUUCCACCUGACCCUUUUCGACGAAGCCACCCUGACUCUGGAGCGAGCCGUGGAGCUGCCGGAAGUCAAUAAGAUGUUGGACACAGCAAUCGGAAAGUUUCUGCGGCUAUUGUCGCCUUACUUGCUGCUGCGGCCCGCCCACAUGGCAUUUGAAUGGCUGCUGAGGCGUUUCCAGGUGCACGAGUACAACCGCCGGUCGGUAAUGGGCCUCAUCCUGCCCUACCACGAGACCAAUGUGUUUGUCCAGGUCCUGAAGACUAUGCGAAUCCGUUCCACAGACGCCGACUGGGCCUGGCUGCGUCGCCUUCAACGCCCUGGAGUCCCACUCGCAAAGACGGCCAUCGUCAACCGGGCAGCCAACAAUCCAGCCUUUCUCGGAUUCAUCUGCAAAAGCACCCAGAAGGCAGUCAAGGAGCUGGGUCCUCGGGCCUACCAAUUGCAGGCUCAGAUCAACUUUUACGCCACCGUGGUGGUGGGCGCCUUGCAAACAGCUCAGCCUCUGCAGGAUUGGCAUGUAACCACUAUUCUCGAGUCGCUGCUGAAGAGCCUCGUAUCGGACAACGUGGACUUCAUGGCUGCCGCCUAUGUGAUUAUUGCCCAGCUGGUUUCUCGCACCAAGCUCAAGAGCAAGAUCUGCAAUGCCUUGUUGGAACGUGUGGGAAACUGUCCCUUUGAGCGGCUUCAGAACGAGUCGCUGCUCCUGCUGCUGUGCAUCUACGGAAAGCAGCAGCAUGCUGUGCCGCACUUCACGCCGGGCACCAUUCUUAACUUGGUGGGACAAAAGUGGCUCAUCCCGGCGUUGGCAUCUCUGGCCAAGGGCAACAUCGCCAUCCAGUCGAUCUGCAUUCCGCUCGUGACGGGCGCCGUGGCAGCCAUCCGAGAAGACGAUCCCGCUUCUAGUACCCACAAACAGUUCCUGGAUAACUUGUUGUCUGAGGUGCCCUUGGCUUCUUCAUGUGCUCAGCAAUUGAUCAACUGCUUUUUGGAUGCUUUUGUGGCAACGGAGGCCCCUGAGCCCAUGGACACUCUGGAGUACAAUGACGAUACAAUCGUAAUCGACUCCGAUGAUGAAGCCGAAACAGAAAAAACCAGCUUUGAUACUUGGUAUUCUUCGUAUUUGGAGAAACUAGAGCGUCGCUAUCCGGAGGCAUUCGACUUGUGCGUCAAGGAAGCCCUGAGAGCCAAAUCCAAGACAAGUAAUCGCCAGCAGGCCCUAAAGAUAGCUCUGGGUUUCCGUCUCAACACCUCCGACGAAAAGGCUAAGAGCGCCUAUGAGAAGCUCUAUCACUACAGCUCCGACUGGCGUCUCAGUGCCGUCCAGCAGCUGUUGAAAAGUCUAAACUUGCCCAAGAAACGAGAGCGCAGCGUAAAGUUGUUGCAAGAAUGCCUGCUGGACCGUAUUAACGAUGACAGUGGUGCUGUUGUGGCGGCUCUCCUUGGAUUGCCCACAGAAACCAUGGUCGAAAUAUUGGAACCUCUGCAGUUGGCUAAAACCCUGUGCCGGCUGGUUCAACGCGCCCAGUCCGAAAAGGAUGCAGAGUGGCAAGCGGUAGUCCCACUCGCCGUGCGUCACCUCACCACCACCCAUGUCAGUGGCACCUACGACUCCAAUCUGGUGCUGCUGGCGCUGAUGCCACUCGUCUUUCCUGAAAAGCCUCUAACAAAGGACGAGCAUCAAGCUCUGCUGAUUGUGAUUGGCAGCGAGUUCGCCAGCAGGGUUGCGUUCCUUGGAGAGCUGAAGGUUACCGAUACCUUUGAGGAGUUCAAGCUCAACGAACAUCGUCAGCACUUCCUGGAUAUAAUUUCGGGAACUGAGCAGAAGCUGGUAAGUCAAGAAAGAGCCUUGCUCCAAAGCAUUGAAGAUCACGGUGGAGAGGCCUACUUGCUGGACGCCUCCCAGCUAACCCACCUGCUGCUGUUGCUCACCGCCUACGCAAAGAGGGAACUACAACCGGAGGAGAGUCUCCACAUAUUGGAAAAGAUCUCCCUUUAUAGUCCGCGACUCCAGUUCCGUAUGGUUAAAGGUCAUGGCAGUGGUCAGGAGUUCGUUCCGCUGCAGUUGUAUCUAGAUUUCCUUCUCACUUUGGUGAAAAACACCAAGUGGACGUCGUUGGCUUCCAUACCAUGGACUGAGAUAACCGAUGAACUGCGUCUGUGCCUGCGGCUCGUGGACAUCCACUGCAAGCAGGUGUUUUCGGAGCGUAGUGAUCAGAGCGAGCACCUCGAGUGGACGCGCUCCCUCCAGCAAUGUCUGGCUCUGAUGCUUCCCGAGGCCCAAGAUCGACUGGAGCUGCUGACAAACUUUUACAUCUUUGAGAGCUUGCCGGAACUGUGGCCACGUAGCUCAGACUACACUGUAUUCCGCCUGCAGGGUUUCCUGCUACUGGAUGCAGUGCUGUCGAAUCAGAAGUCGCAACUGGACGUCGGUCUGGUCCACGUAUUGCGAGUGGCCAACGCCUGCGGAUCGCCACUUCACACCCUGCGGCUGCAGGCCAUCAACACGCUGCAGUUGAUGAGCACCCGGAAGCUGGUCGCCCACGUGGAGCAGCUGGUGCGAUUAUUGCUGCAGCGGCGGAGUGAACUGGGUAUGGAUCACGAGCAGUACGCCCUCAUUCUGUACACCAUUCUGGAGCCCGAAAACGCGACUGCAAAGGAAAAGUUGGUCCUCUCCAAGCUGAAGCGUGCGGUGCUGGCCCUUGCAGCCGAUCCCGAGCAGGCACCUACUUGCACUGCCGCCUUGCUGGUGGCCUUGAAGCACGUCAACAGCGAGCACUUCCUCGGGGAACUACUGCCUCUGGGCCUGGCAUCCCUGAAGAAGAUCACCGCCGCCGUGGGCGAGCAACAGUUGAAGCAGCUCCCGUGGCCGCACAGCGACAUCUACAAAUCGGUGAUGGAGCGUUUCGAGGGAAGCGUGGCGCUAAAUGUGUUGCUUCAGAAGCCCUUGGCCUGGGAACUUCUGGAGACCAGCUUCGCCCAUCACGACGCCUACAUCCAACUGGAUAAAAAGCUGCAGCCCCUGCCGUGUGUCCUGCUGAACAGCCUUACCCCAGAAACCUUCGAGCGUCUGCAGGCCCAGCACAAGGUGGCUCUCAUCAAGCUGAUUGUGGAAGCGGCAACACUCUCGGACAACGACAGCAUCUUCCUGGCCAGCCACCGCUUGCUGAAGCGCUGCCGCCUGGAGUGCAAGCCUCUUGUGCCGAUCCUAGCGGAGAUGGCCGCCAGUAAGGGACAGAAGCCGCAGCAGGAGCGUGGAAAGACUGCCAAUAAACGACGCUCUGCAGGGGACAACCUGCAAUUAGACUUGACCAGCUUAUCCUGGAAGAAGGGCAUGACAUUACUGGAACUCCUGGAGCACAAGAAGCUGCUUGUUGGAGCUGAGCUGUUGAUUCCGUCACUGUUUGAGCUUCUCCAGGCCUGUCUUACGCUGGAGGAACAAAGUGCCGCUGAGUACCCCAAGCAGCUGAUCCUCACCAGCUUGCUCCACUCGUGCCAAGUGGCUCAAGCUGCAGGCGUUCAAUUGGCCAAGACCCUGCCGGAGUCCAGUUUCCGCAUCGAGCUGGUGGUCCAGUGCCUGCGGAACACGCGGAAUCCUCAGACUCAACAGCACGCCCUGCUCUUCCUCGCCCACUGCGCUGGCAUGUAUCCACAGCAGGUGCUGCACAAGAUCGUGGAGAUCUUCACGUUCGUGGGCUCCACAGUGGCCCGACACGACGACGCCUUCAGCCUCCACAUCAUCCACAACGUGGUGGAGUCCAUUAUUCCCAUUUUGCUGCAAACGACGGGCCAGAAGGAAAAACUGAUCAUCCCGGUUCUGAAGGUCUUUGCCGACAUUUGCACGGAUGUGCCGGUACACAGGAGGCUGCCCCUGUAUGCUACACUGUUCCGCGUUCUGGAUCCCAAGGUGCACCUCUGGCAGUUCUUGUGCAUCCUGUUUGAAGCGCAGGUUAUGCUGGACCAAGGUUCCAAAAAGGUUUCCCCGGAGAAGUCGCGAUUGGACUUUGCCUCCGAGCUUACCUUGAUGUUCGAGGAUCCCGUUGUUGCCCUGCGAACUGCCAUCCAUCUGCUGGACUACCUGGCCAAGCUGCCAGCGAACAAGGGCAAUCAGUUGACGGCGGCAGACAGAAACUCCUCCAUCCUGGACACCGAGCAGAAGCUCUUCGACGUGCGCAACAGUUCCUUUAAACAGCUCCGCCAUUACAAGUAUCUGAUAUUGGAAUUCCUCUCCGGAAUCAGCAGCAGCAAAGAGUGGCAGGCCAAGAUGAAGCGUCCCGAUCCCACGGAGCUGCUGCCCCACUACCAGGACUUCAUCGUCAAGACCCUGGCGUACGUGGGUGUGGUCAAUGAAGCCAUUAUAUCCACUGCCGAGACGCCGCUGCUCCAAAAGUACUGGAGGGUGUUGGCGAACUACGCCCACGAUGUCCUGGACAAUGCCAUUGGACUGCUGGCGCCGGAGCACUUCCUCGGCGUCAUCACAGAGCUGCUGCAGCACGACCUGGUCCAUGUGCGCAUCAAGGUCUUGGAGCUACUGGUCACCAAGCUCAGCCCCACCAACGAUUACUUCCAGCAGUCGCCGCCCGAUAACUUCGGUGUCCUCUUCGCCCCACUGGAAGCCAUUAUUAAUGGAAUCCUGGAGUCUGGCGCCGCCAAUGCCCAGCAUGCUCAGCUUCAGCAGACGGCCCUGCACGCCCUGCAGCUCCUGGCCCACCGCCAUGGCCGUGACUUCAUCGACGAGUGCCGGUCCCUGUUGGCUACUCUUACCAAGAUCACCAAACGGCGCGCCAAUGUGCCCAAGGCAGUGGUCGGCAAUGUGGUGCUCACUCUCGUGGAGAUCUGCGCCAGCUUGAAGGCUCAUGCCCUCGCCCAGCUGCCCAAGUUUGCGCCACAACUGACCGAACUGCUGAAGGAACAGGUGCAACAGAUGACGACGCUAAAAACGGGUCCGGACUAUCUCUGCUCAACGCUCGUAAAUGCUCUCCUCAAGCUUUUCAAGGCCUUGCCUCUUUUCCUGGGCCCCUACCUGGUGGACAUCAUCGGGGCUCUGGUGCGUCUGGGAGUGCAAUUGGAACACCCUCAGCUGCUGCAGGAUAAGCGUGCCCAAGCGCUUAGAGCGCAACUGGUAGAGGCUUGGACUGCGGUGGCCCAGGGCGUGGAGGUGCGCAUCCUCGUUCCCAGCUGUUCCAAGGCCUAUUCCUGCCUGCUGGAACACCAGGCCUACGAUGAGGUCGGCCACUUGAUGCAGCAGCUGCUGCUACAGUGCAUCCGGCACAAUACGACGCAGCAGUUGCAGCCAGUACAGGAUGCCCUGAGCGAACUGUUCCUGCAGGCCCUCGAGUUCCGGCUACAAGUGCGGGGACGCGGCGUGGACAGACAAACGGUCUCGGAGGUGGAGGGCGCCAUUGCGGAGACCUUUGUGACCUGGAUUCUGAAGCUGUCGGAGGCCAACUUCCGGCCAAUGUACUCCCGGGUGCACAAGUGGGCGCUGGAGAGCGACGAGAAGGAGACUCGUCUCACCUAUUUCCUGCUGACCAACCGGAUAGCCGAAGCUCUCAAAUCGCUUUUUGUUCUCUUUGCCAGCGAGUUUGUGGACGAUUCUUCCCGCCUCCUGGCCGAGCACAACACCAUUCGGCCAGGGUUCUCCGCCGGGGAUCGCGAAGACGAUGUGGAGCUGUUGACAGCCAUCCUGGGCACUCUGCACAACGUGUUCCUGCACUGCAGCGAAGACUUUAUUAACGAGCACCGUUUCAAUGCCCUAAUGACGCCGUUGGUGGACCAGCUGGAGAACGACUUGGUUCUGGGCAGCGAGGAGCUGCAGCAGGCUCUCACCAAUUGCAUCGCCCAACUGGCAGUGGCCACCAACGACGUUAUGUGGAAGCAGCUCAACGGCCAGGUGCUCCUCAAGACCCGCACCCCCACGCCAGAGGUCCGAAUCCUAGCCUUCAACAGUUGUGUGGCCAUCGCCCGCAAGUUGGGCGAAGGCUUUGCUCCACUCCUGCCGGAAACAGUACCGUUUAUUGCGGAGCUACUGGAGGACGAGCACCAGCGAGUGGAAAAGAACACGCGCACGGCGGUGCAGGAGUUGGAGACUAUUCUGGGCGAACCAGUACAGAAGUAUCUUUAA